UUUAGCUAGAGCGUACGGUAGCACAAGAUUCAUGACCUUGUACACAGAGCGUCUCUUGAUUUGAGUUUUCCGAAGACAUCAUUUCCUGUGCCAGCUGUUUUGUUAUAUAUCCAUUUACUUCACUUCAUUUCUUCAAAUAUUUUGUAUUACUAUUCUUAUAAUAUCUUCGACAAAAACAAUUAGGAUGUUAAUAUAUUGCUUUAUAAGCGUAUAUGCUUAAAUUUAAUGAGUUAAGACUUUAAAAUAAUUAUUAAUUUGUUCUAACUGAAAAUUGAUAAUAAAAGUCUAUGAUUUCCGUUAAUUAUUGAUAUCUCGCCCUAUAAUUCGAAUAUAUGCGUGACUUAUCAUAAUGAACAGCUUUCUGUCCACUUAUAUAUAUGCCUUUCUGCUGUGGAUUUAUUCUGUGAGGUCGAAGACAAUCAAAAUUGACACACAGGAUUGUUUUGGAUUGCCAGAAAAUCCAUUCAUUAUCUUUGGUGCAGUGGUUUCACAUACACGCGCAAUCGGCAGAACUCUGUGUUAUUUCCAACCGUCAGAACAAAAUCAGUAUUUGAGUAUUUAUCCUACGAAAUUAGUAUUACCUAGCCAAUUUGGAACGUGUCCAGUUAUACAGAUCAAAGAAUUCACAUCUGUUAGAGAUGAACUAAUUGAUAAUAGUGACGUAAAUAUGAUUAUACCAAUGAAAGUCCCUGAUGAUACUAAGUUAAUUUUUCAAGCCAACUGUACGAAUUAUCCUUCUAUGCUAGAUAAAGUCGUGCAUACAUCAUCAUCAAAUCUAAAAAUACAAAUUUUAUUUGACCCAGCUAAUUCUGCUGCAUCAGAUGUUGCCUAUCAAUUUGUAAUAUCAUCAUACGUUUUAGGACCAUCGUAUAACUGUCCAUCAGAUACAUUUCGUUGUUGGGAUGCGGCUACUAAUUGCAUACCCGAUUCUCUGACAUGUGACACAAUUGCUAAUUGUCAUGAUGGAUCCGAUGAAAAUGGUUAUUUGUGUACUGGAAGAAUCAACGGUAUCCCUAUUCCAUUAUUUGCAAUUAUUAUAACUAUAUCAAUUUUUGGACUUAUUCUUUUGGUUUUAACUAUUGUAUUUGUUAUUCGCAAACAAAGGAAGCAUAAGCGCAAAACAGAGCAAACGUGGAUAGAUAUGACUACACAACCUUCAGCUAACGCACAUCAAUCUCUGCUUACUGAGAGAACAUGACAAACUGACCAAAAAUUCGAAACGAUUUGGAUGCGAAGUGAAAUCUGCGCAGUCACAAUUCUGAGACAACAAGUAACUCUUACUUUUAUAUCGGUGUACAUAACUCACUUUAUUUCAAGAGAACACUACUUGUAAUCAAUAUACAUGUAAAAAAAUGUCUAUACUUGUAA